AUGCUUUUCGCCAACGCCAUAAGUGAUAAUCGGAACGUGCGCUCGCAAAUGUUCAAUAAUCAGCAGAGCAUCAAGAACGUACCGUCAAAUACGCAAGAAAUCCCAGGCUAUCUUCAACUUUAUCAAACACCUCCGGGAGAAAACAUUUCUCUCACAGAAUUCGAUGAGAUCGCUAUGGAACGGCUGAAAUUGUUGAAGAAUUUCGAGAAUUGUAAGGAUAGUCAUCCGAUGCAUACUGAAGAAUUCAAGAAUAAGUUCAGGAAAACAUGUGAUAAAAUCAAGUUAAUUGUCUUCCCAGAUCUAAAACCCACUUCUUCCGAGGACAUCGCGGAACUAUGGCGCCGUGACAACAUCGGUCACUUUAUCCUUCGUCUAGCCUUUUGUAGAACACCCGAAAAUCAAAAAUGGCUGACACAAAUCGAAGGAGAUCUUCUCCGUUUUCGUCUGAGACAGGAACGAGAAGUAGUAGUUGAUUCUUCACUUUCAGCCGUCAAUUUUCCGAUUCACAAGUUGAAUUCAGAGGAGAAAAAGGAAAUGGAAGAAGACUUAGAACAUGCCUGUCAAGUUCUUUCAAUUGAUAUGAAAAAUAAGGCAUUCUACAAAGUCGAUUUCAUCGAUGCAAUUGAAUUGAUUCGGCGUGGAUCAGUUCACUUGAAAAAAGGAUUCGCCUAUUUUCCAUUCGAAGACCUAGUUACUAUUCUGGUGUCCAAAAUGAAGAACACGACGAUGGCUGCAAUGGCGCGCGCAUUCAAACACCUGGCUAUUCUUGAAGAAGAGGGACGUCUUCUGCCACGUCUGGCUCGUCUCUCAAACAAUGCGUACAGUGGAAAAGAUUAUAAUGGAGAACAAGCAGAUGGAUCUAUAAUUAUCACACGUCAUAUGAUUGAUAAGCUGGCUGUUCGGUCAUUUGCACCAUGUAUGAAGCAAAUGCAUAAAAAUCUUCGAUUGAAUCAUCAUUUGAAAUAUGGUGCGAGACGACAAUAUGGAUUGUUUUUGAAAGGAAUUGGUCUCUCGCUGGAAGAAGCCAUCGCUAUGAUGCGUGACGAGUUCACCAAAAAGAUUCCAUCUGAUAAGUUUGAUAAGGAAUACUCCUAUAAUAUUCGGUACAUGUACGGAAAAGAAGGUCGACGCGUUCCACAAACAGCAAUGAGUUGUGCCACUAUCAUUCUGAACAACCCUCCAUCGGCUACCGAUUGUCACGGCUGUCCGUUCAGACAUUCUGAAAAACAAGUACUCAAACAGAAGUUAUCCGGUGAAAGUAUACUCAAAAAAGAUCAAGUUGAACUUAUCGUUGACUUAGCAGAAUCAAACCAAUACGAUAAAGCAUGUACCCGGUAUUUUGAGUUUACCCAUCAUUUGGAAGAGGGUGGUCUCGGACAGCGUAUCACUCACCCCAACCAAUAUUAUGAAGAGUCUCAAAAGAUUAUCGCCGAACGAAUCGCAGCAAAGCAUACGUCUGACUCACAGACAUCACAGAAAUCAGAACCGAAAGAAGAACAAAUGGAUACUCAAUAA